CGGUGCUCGUCUGUUCCCACCCCGCCACCCAUCCCGGACCAGUGCCAUCAUGCCCAAGUGCCCCAAGUGCAACAAGGAGAUGUACUUUGCUGCGUGGGUGACCUCCCUGGGAAAGGACUGGCACUGGCCUUGCCUGAAGUGUGAGAAAUGUAGAAAGACACCGACCUCAGGGGGCCAUGCUGAGCAUAAGGGCAAGGCCUACUGCAACCACCCCUGCUAUGCUGCCAUGUUCGGACCUAAAGGCUUUGGACAUGGUGGAGCUGAGAGUCACACCCUCAAGUAAACCCAGGUUUUGGAGACCUCAUCCCUGGCUGCCCACCAGGCCACUGCCUGUCUAGGCUGAUGGCAGGCCU